UUAAUGAUUUCAUUUUUCAUAGCAUUAAUUCUCACUCCAAUGUUAUGUUCCAGAAAUGUAUUAAAGUCUGAAACAAUACUCGUUUUUAUUUGCGUACAUUUGUUGUUAAUCAGUUGCUCCAAAACUUGUUUUACAUCAGCCGUCUUCAACUUAGAUUGCUCACAUUUACUUAUUAAAUGUUUGAUUUCGAUAAAUUUCGUAUUCGUAUCAGAUAAAGUACACUGAUUACAAAACCAUUUCAAAUUAAUAUUUUCCGUGAUUAUUUUAAUUUCAUUCCUUUUAAUAUUGCUACAUUUUAGACAGAAAUUAUAGCCACACCCACCAGAGCAUGUUAUCAUUUCAUCUAAUAGAAACAAUUUGGCAGUACAUUCUUUACAUUCUACUGUUGGCAUUUUGCCACUUUUUACUGUGGCAAUAUACCCUAAGUUAACGUAUGGCAAUAAUAUAUACUAACCACAAUACACAAGUUUAUGGCAAUUUCAAUAAUUGUAUGAUAUGAGCAAUUGCUACUAUAACCUAAGCGUAAAACUAACUUGGCAGCACUCCGUUUCCAGCUGAUCAGCUGUUUCGAUUCCAAGAAGUAGUUGACUUUUGUUGAUAUGGAAUGAUGAGCAAAGGGCAUCAAUUGCGAAUAUGAUGGCAAAGGACAGAGUAACAAAGGAAAGAACAUGAACAGAGGAGCGCCCUCGGGUACGCAAAGGAAAACCAAAAGGGAUGGAGAUUAAUCCGAAUUGUCUUGGAUUUAGCGGCUCCAAUGCUCUUUGCGGAGGUGUCCAAAGCAGAUCUGCUGCAGAUUGUUCCCUGUGCCUUCCCAAUACCAACAAUGGCAGCUUGACUUACUUUUGUUAACCCAGCUAUCGCCGCAGCAAAAACAACAACAGCAAAACAAACUAUUUUAUUUAUGCAAUUUUUUGUUCGCUUAUUUGUUUUGUUUGUAUGUUUAUUUAUGCGGCACUCAUAAUUCAGCUUGCACUUAAAUGGUACUGUUGGACAUAAAAUGUACAAAAUACAAUUCUUUUAACUACUUAAAAUGAGAGCAUCUAGCACGAGCGCAAAACACACAUCUAUUCCGUUUACUAUCCGUUUCGAUAGGUAUGUAUGUUGUGAACUCAUUUGUUUGUAAACAUGAAGACAUGGUUUUUGUUAUAAAAUGUGUUAUUGAAAUACACGAUCUCAUCUUUAUGGUUUUUGUAGCUACCAAAUGGAGUAUUUAACAAAUAGAUUUCUUCCUGGCUGUUGUUAUCUUAUAUAGUAAAAGAAGAAACGAAGAAAUGUACAUGGGAUCUUGCAUAUCACUUGCCAAAUUUUUCUUGGACCAUAAAAUAUGGAAGUUUCAUGGAGUUUCAUAAAUCAAUUAUAAUUUAAAAUUAGAAAAUUUUAAUCAAGUCAAAUAACAGUCGCCGUGGUGAUUAGACGUGUUUUUUGCGCUCCGCUUAUCUAUAUCUAUUGCUUAAUAUUGUCUGAAUCUUGGCAAUAUAAUGAACUGUGUUAAGUGCUCCACUUUAAGUGAAGGUGAAGAGUACUUUUUUUUGUGGCAUCUGUAAAAAUAAAACUCAUAUUAAAUGUGCAAAACUAAGCUCUGGUGCAUUAAACAUUUUGAAAACUAAUAAAAAUGUGCUAUUUCAAUGUGAUAAUUGUGCAUUGGGCCAUUCUGCUACUUCGUGUAUGAGCGUUGAGGAAGCCCAAAAGAAUAUAAAUGCACUCAGUGAGUUCUUUAGCUUAUUAAAAGGUCUGAGUGCUAAUAUCAUAGUUGACAGCAAUAAAAAGUUAAACAACUCUAACUCGUUGACCAACGUUAUUCGUACGCGCUCCAAAGCUAAGGCCGAUGACCGUAAUAACCUGCAUUUGCAAACCGUAUCGAACAAAACUCUUGCUUCUACCACGCCUGGAGAGAGAUGCAGAAUCAACAAUUCUAAUACUGAAUGUAGUGCUUUGGGUGUGCAGCCGAAAAAAGUUGUGGAGUCUCUCAUUCUCCCAUCCUCCGACGCUGCUGGUGAUGGGCCUGCUAUUAGUGGUGGUGGCGAAGCAGAUGAUGUUGAGAUGCUCUCUUCUACAUCUGCUCAGUCACUCAUGUUUUCAUCUGGCUCUCAUGCUCUGCCUAAUACUGCUGAUCAGUCAGCUACUACGCCUGGUGGUGUAGCUACGUUUAUGACUCCCACUCUUAUCUCAAAUACACCAAACGCUUCAAACGCUAAUACUGAAAACUCUGAUUCGCAGCCUUUUGGUAUUGCUUCUGAGUGGAAAAUUGUUACUAAUAGAAAAACCAAAACAACCUUUAGUUAUUAGCUCUAACAAC